UAAAAUCCACACUUACGGACUAUCAUUCUAGUUGGGGUUUUGUUUGAGGAUCAGAUUUAGUUGUGCUAAGUUUGCGUUGGGCACCAUGAAGAUCCUCGUACUGCUCUGCCUAGUGGGCCUGGCCUGCUCCACCUCACCGGAGACCGAUCAGCGGUGGCAGCGCUUCAAGGCGCAGUACAACAAGGCGUACGCGCCCGGCGAGGAGCAGGUGCGCUUCGUCUACUUCCAGGAGAACAUCGCGUUCAUUGACGAGCAGAACGCGGCGGGUCACAACUACACGCUGGAGGAGAACCAGUUUGCCGACUUAUCCGACAACGAGUUCACCACCUACUACCUCGGCUUGAGACAAUGGCCAGAGGAGGAACCACGCGAGGAGCACCAACUCCACGUCCCAUCGUUGGAAAUUGGAGACGUGCCUGCCGAGGUUGACUGGCGUAGCAAGGGUUACGUGACGCCGAUCAAGAACCAGGGCGCUUGUGGCUCGUGCUGGGCAUUCAGUGCCACUGGCUCGCUAGAAGGCCAGCACUUCAAGAAAAGCGGUACGCUCGUAUCGCUGUCCGAGCAGAACCUGGUCGAUUGCAGCACCAAGGAGGGAGACCAUGGCUGCGGCGGCGGACUGAUGGACUUCGCCUUCAAGUACGUGGAGAAGAACGGCGGCAUUGACACCGAGGCCAGCUACCCGUACAAGGCCAAGAACGGCAAGUGUAAGUUCACCAAGGCUGACAUCGGCGCCACCUGCACGGGAAAGAAGGACAUCAAGCGCGGCAACGAGGACGAUCUACAGCAGGCGGUGGCUGACAUCGGGCCUAUCUCUGUGGGCAUUGACGCCAGCACGAAGACAUUCCGCUUCUAUCGCAAGGGCGUGAUGGACGACAAACAGUGCAGCUCCACCAAGCUCGAUCACGGCGUGUUGGCCGUGGGCUACGGCACUGAUUCCGGCGACGACUAUUGGCUGGUGAAGAACAGCUGGGGAAAGUCCUGGGGCAUGGAAGGCUACGUCAUGAUGUCCCGGAACAAGCACAACCAGUGCGGUAUCGCCACGUCAGCCAGCUAUCCUCUGGUGUAGACGAGUGUAUCUUUGUGAUUACAUCGUCCAUGUAACGUCGUAUCCCUAUUGUUAACAUUCUACGAGUUUUAUCAUUUUGAAAUUGCUUCGAAUUAGCUAUGCUGGAUACAUACAUUUUACAUGUAACUAUCUAAAUGAUAAUUCCGAUGUCAUUGUCAUUAAUCGUGGUGUUAUGGUUGCUCAUAAUGUUCCA